UCCACUCUUAAGUUAAGACGUGUUUAAGACAAGAGAUUUUAACGACUACACAUCUGUUUCAGGGCAGACCUAGCAACAUCCUGAGACAACAUUUCUUUAUUUGGAACUGCCCGAGACCCAGCGACAAGAGAUCAACUUGUUAAAACUUUUUAUUAUUUUGUUAUUCAAGAAGAUCGCCAAAAUGGAUGCCUUCUAAGAAGAUUUCAAGGAAACUAAUAGAAAGCACAUUACCAUUUAGAAGAGGGUGAUUUGUUUCGUGUUUUCUGCUGCUACCAUGGACUCUGGCAAGCAAUUAACAUUCCCAUUGUUGCUCAGUGUGGGAGCAGCUGUGAUCGGCUCAUUACAGUUUGGCUACAACACUGGUGUCAUCAAUGCUCCUCAAAAUGUUAUUGAGAGAUUCAUCAAUAUUACAUGGGAACAACGCUAUAAUGAGCCCAUACCUAAAGGGUCUCUCACAGCUAUCUGGUCCGUUGCUGUGGCCAUCUUCUCAGUUGGUGGCAUUUUUGGUUCCUUUUCUGUUGGACUGUUUGUAAACCGUUUUGGCAGGAGGAACUCAAUGCUGAUAGUGAAUGUCUUGUCCUUCAUUUCUGCCGCUCUGAUGGGCUUUUCCAAACUGGCAAGCUCCUGGGAGAUGUUGAUUAUCGGGCGGUUUGUUGUGGGCCUAUAUUCUGGACUCUCUACAGGUUUUGUGCCCAUGUACGUGGGUGAAGUUUCCCCAACUGCACUUCGAGGUGCUCUGGGUACCCUCCAUCAGCUUGGCAUUGUAGUUGGAAUCCUUAUUGCACAGGUGUUCGGGUUGGAAGCAGUUAUGGGUAAUGAUGAUCUGUGGCCACUUCUGCUGAGCUUCAUCUUCGUCUUCGCUAUAAUUCAGUGCGUCUUGCUUCCUUUGUGCCCGGAAAGUCCCAGGUUCUUGCUGAUCAACAAGAAUGAGGAGAACAAAGCUAAGAACGUGUUGAAAAAGCUCAGAGGGACCUCAGAUGUGAGCACAGACAUAAGGGAAAUGAAGGAGGAGAGUCGUAAGAUGAUGAGCGAGCCUAAAGUCACCAUCUUGGAGCUGUUCCGGUCCCACAGGUAUCGCCAGCCCCUAGUGGUGGCCGUGGUCCUGCAGCUCUCCCAACAGCUGUCCGGCAUCAACGCUGUCUUCUAUUACUCCACUCGUAUUUUUGAGAGAGCAGGAGUUGAGCAGCCCGUCUAUGCUACUAUUGGAGCUGGAGUGGUCAACACUGCUUUCACUGUGGUGUCUCUGUUUGUUGUUGAACGGGCCGGGCGCAGGUCUCUACAUCUCAUUGGUCUGCUGGGAAUGGCUGGAGCCACCAUUCUAAUGACCAUUGCCUUGGCACUCUUGGAAAAACUCAAAUGGAUGUCAUACUUGAGCAUUGUGGCCAUCUUUUCCUAUGUGGCCUUCUUUGAGAUCGGACCAGGUCCCAUUCCCUGGUUUAUUGUGGCAGAGCUGUUCUCACAGGGACCCAGGCCUUCAGCCAUCGCUGUGGCUGGGUUCUCAAAUUGGACAGCCAAUUUUAUAGUAGGAAUGUGCUUCCAGUACAUUGAGGAGCUCACCUACCCGUAUGUGUUUGUCAUCUUCACCGUGUUGCUGCUCAUCUUCUUCAUUUUCACCUACUUCAAGGUGCCAGAGACCAAGGGCCGGACAUUUGAUGACAUUGCAGCUGGUUUUGGAGGGAGCUCAGUUACUCGUGGAGAGAAAUUCUCACCUGAGGAGUUGAACAGCCUGGGAGCAGACUCUCAGCUCUGAGUGUAAAAAAGCUAACUUUCUUUUCUGACCAAGAAUGGACAAUGGUCUACUCACUACAAGUAGACUGGUAGUUACUUUCACGCUGUCAGCACAUUUCAGGCAGUAUAUGGCUUUGUGUGAUUGUCCAACAUGACGUCUUCAUUUGCUCCCUCUCCUGACACUGAGAAAUGCCCUGCAGGCUUGACGUGCCUGGUGUAAUGUGAAGGGGGCACAAUGUUUUGGAACAAUUUAAUGCUUUAAAGAAAGGAAAUAUGCCUGUCAAUCAAUCUCUUUUUAUAGUACCUUAAUAUUUUAUGAAUGAACUUGUUACCUGUUACACUUGGUAAUAGAACACUGUAGAUGUAGAAAUCAUUUUCACUGUGCAGAAUAGAGGUUGUCGGAUUGAAAUGCUGUAAUACUGUUGCCACUGUAGUGUGAUGAUGACACCUUUCAUCCACUAGAUGGAGCCAUGCACCUAGAAAAGACCUCAUUGCUCCACUCACAAUGAAUUAUUCUGAAGAUAUUUUCACAAGAAAGAGGCAAGAGAAGUUUAUAAAAUUUGGUUUUAUGACAUCCUUCUUCUGUAAAUUGUAUUAAUUAUCUAAACAUUUUAUUUUAAUUGUUCCUAUAUGUAAUAUGAUGUUAUAAACAAAUAAUGUGCAUUUAGCCAAUUAAUUUUAAACAUAUUAUCAAUUCCAUUCACAAACAAGAUGAAAUAUUUUAUGGAAAAUUUAUCUUGAUUCUGGGAGCACUGUCUGUGUGACAGCCAAAGUAUCUCCAGGCAAAAUGAUAUAAAAUCUGGACCAAAUUGAAUGUCAGGUUUUCAUGGUAGCUGAAUGUGCUUUUUUAUUAGUCUCCCGUUGUUACUUGCACUCCCAUCUCCAUUACUGUAAGUGCUGCACAGGGUAGAAGUGCCUAGUGAUUGUUACAGUAUUGUGUCUCUACUGUAUUGUGUAGGUGGGCUCUAUCUCCGGUCACUUAACAAUGUGUAAGUCACUGUCACUGACUGCUGUAUCACCAGAUGUAAAAUGUGUUGUUAGUUUUUCCACAGCACUUUAUUAUAUUCACAGUGACAUCUCUUCAUCACUUUGUUUUCUAAUAUUUUUAUUGUAUUUUAUAUUCAUGAUGUGGAAACUGUGUUACUGACAAGACUGAAGUACUGCUGAUGAUGGAUUACUUGAUGUUUUUAGAGUGGAAAAUGGAAUGAGUGAUGUGUUUAUUUAAGUAAAUAUGCUCAUAUUUUUUAGUGUAAUGAGUCAUCAAUCCAAAAUUACAAAACAGACCAUAACCAUUCCUGGCUUUUUUCAAUUUUUGCUUUAAAAUGGGCAUUAAAACUCACCAUUGAAAAGCUUUGUAACCACAAACUGUACCGGUAACAACCUAUUUGACUCUUUCACCAUUGCACAUGCAUGCAAUUCCAACAGAAUUGCAUCUAAGACCUAAAAGCACAUUUGUAUGAUCAUAAAACUGCCUUGCCUAUAUGUGUUGGCAAUACAUCCACACAUAAGGAAUUGUGUAAAUAGAGAAACUCUCAGUUGUAUUUUAACAGAUCCUUGUAUAAUAAAUAUUUUUAGUACACAGCUUUGUAUUUAGCAUUCACAUGUGAUUGUUUGAAUACUGUAUGUAGUGAUGUAUGAACAAUCACACAUUUAUUCUUAUGUUUUUAAAACUAUUUUUCUUUUUUUAGUGCAGAUGAUGUUUUAAUAUAAAUUAAAACAAAAUUACAUUUGAGGAUAACAUUGUCUAAUAUGGAAAAUGGAAUUUGUUUACUGGCUAAAUAAAAGCAUACAGUACUGAUGUGCUUUAAUUUGUUUUUUAAAUGUUUCUGUCUCUUUAAAAUCAGUACUCUUGUGACUUCAUUUAUAUUCACUUGUUUCAAAUGUUCAAAAUUAAAUUCUGUUUUUUAUUGGC